AUGGAACAAGACACAAUACUCAUCGUAGGCGCGGGGAUUUUCGGCGUCAGCACAGCUUAUCACCUCGCGCAACAAGCCACCGACCCCUCCCGCAUCAUCCUCUUGGAUCGGGCUGCCCCUCCAUCCAACAACACCCUCGCAGCAUCAUCCGACAUCAACAAGAUCAUCCGCGCAGACUACUCCAGCCAGUUGUACAUGGAACUAGGCUUCGAAGCCAUCGAAGGCUGGAAAUCGCUUCCAUUCUUCCAGAAUGCCGGAGUCUACCACCAGUCCGGGUGGAUAGCUAUGGAUGAGAAGGGAAGCGACAUCCCACAACGUAUUAGGGAGAAUUUCCGAAAAAGUAGCCAUGGCCACGACGCUGCUCUCACUGAUAUGACCGAAGAUGAAGUCCGUCAGGCGUGGGGCGGUGUUCUGAGCCGAACGGACUGUACGCCAUUUGGGUCGUACUAUUUUAACCAGUCGGCUGGUUGGGCUGACGCUGGGAAAGCGCUUCAGUUAAUGCUUCAGGAGGCUAUCAAGAUAGGUAUUAAGUAUGAGAGUGGGGAGGCAAAGCAGGUUGUUUUGUCUUCGGAUGGAGGUGCAGUGCAGGGUGUUGAAACUGAGGCCGGAAAUGUACUGCGGGCGGACAAAGUCGUGCUCGCGACUGGGGCUUGGACGAGCAAGCUGCUGUUUUCACUGGAGGAUUCUUUGGAAUUUGAGCUCACAGACCGAAUAGAGCGACAGGUUUCUGCCGCUGGGGUUUGUGUGGCUCAUUUCCAGCUCUCGGAUGAGGAGAGGGAGUUGUACUCGAAGCUGCCGGUGUUUGUAUAUGGGGGACAAGGCGAGGUCAUUCCCCCUACAUCCACAGGCAUAUUGAAAUUCACCAGCACAACCUCUUUCAAGAAUACGGUUCGGACGGCAAGCGGUCAUGGGAUAUCCAUCCCAGUAGAGGACCAGUUUAACGCCCCACGAGGACUUCGAGAAGACUCCAUUGCCGCUGUUAACGCCCGUAUUCCUCAGCUCCUUGAACAUGGGCGAAAGCCGGAUUACUAUCGCCUCUGCUGGGACUCAAUUUCGGCAAGCCAGCACCCGCUCAUCAGCCGACAUCCUGACUCACGAUUAGCAAACCUCUACUUUGCUGUAGGAGGAUCGUUCCACUGUUACAAGUUUCUACCUUCGAUCGGAAAGUAUGUGGCCAACGUCCUUCAAGGGGUUAGUAACGGACCUGAAAAGGAUAAGGCAUGGUCCUGGAAAUCGACUGGGACGAACGAACGUGGUGUCCAUGAGAGCUUAGUUCCCCAGAGGGAAUUCACGGAUUUUAUUUAA